CCCUCAUGUUAGGGGAUUGGUAAGCGACUUCUCGUAGUCUUCACGGUGCAGCAAUGUAUGGGAGGUACGAGCAAUGGUUGGCUCAUUAUGGUCGUGUAUAUAACGAUAUUAACAAGAAGGAAAAGCGUUUCAAGAUAUUCAAGGAAAAUGUGGCAUUUAUUGAAUCAUCCAAUAGUGAUGCAAACAAAUCACACAAAUUAAGCGUCAAUCAAUUUGCAGACCUUACGAAUGAAGAGCUCAAAUCCGCAAGAAACAGAUUCAAGGGGCACGAAUAUUCCACAAGGACAAGUUCUUUUAAAUAUGAAAACGUUACAACAGCAGUGCCAGCUUCAAUGGACUGGAGAAAAAAGGGAGCCGUAACCCCCAACAAGGACCAAGGCAGAUGCGGAUGUUGUUGGGCUUUUUCGGCAGUAGCAGCUACAGAAGGAACUGCGCAGCUUACAACUGGUAAAUUGAUCUCUUUGUCUGAGCAAGAGCUGGUUGAUUGUGAUACCGGUGGUGAAGACAAAGGGUGUGAGGGUGGCUCGAUGGAUGAUGCUUUUCAAUUCAUCCAACAAAAUCAUGGAAUUAGUGCUGCGGAAGGUAGUUACCCAUACAAUGGUACGGAUGGGACAUGCAACACCAAGGAGGAAGCCAACAUUGCAGCCAUGAUAAGUGGCUUUGAAGAUGUGCCUGCAAACAGUGAAAAUGCCCUCCUCAUCGCUGUUGCUCAUCAACCUGUUUCUGUUGCUAUUGAUGCUAGCGGUUCUGACUUUCAAUUCUAUUCAAGUGGUGUCUUCACUGAAACUUGUGGAACAAUCCUCGAUCAUGGCGUUACAGCUGUUGGUUAUGGAGUGAGCGAUGAUGGGACUAAGAGCUGGUUUGGUAUAGCUUAUUGGUUGGCGAAGAACUCAUGGGGUAUAGAAUGGGGGUGA